CUCCCUCUCUUUCUCCCGCCUCUGUUUUGCACUCAUUCACUCACUCCCUCCCUCACUCACGCACAGGAGCUUGCUGUGCUGCACCACGCUCUGUUAUUCUUUCUCUCUUUCUUUUUUUCUUUCUCUCUCUCUCUCUCUCUCUCUCUCUCUCUCUUUCUCUGUGCGUCUGUCUGCCCAAGAAUGGUCCAGUCGGUGCCUGGGGCUCUGCUGUCGCGGCCUGCCACCCUCCUCUGAGUCACAUACACACACAGACACACACAUACUUACACAAACACGCACUCACAGACACACACACACAGACCUAGGCAGACACACGUACACACAAAGUCACAGGCAAUUCUUGGCAUUCAACUAUAUGAGAGGAAGGUACUUCAGGAAGUGCCUUGCCUAACGUCUGCUGCAGCUUGGACCCGCCGCUAGAGCUCCAUCUUCUGCUUCUCGCCGCGCUUGCUGCUGGCACCUGAACGAGCGAGAGAGCAAAAGAGCUCACCAACCCCCCCACCAGCCAAUCCCUGACCUGAACCCCCUAAUACGCCACCUCAACCAGCCAAUCCUGGACACAGGAAGUCAACCUGCUCGGCCUCCACAACCUGCAGUCCACCUCCAAAGGCCUUGGAUUGAAACAGUCUGUUGGAAAGGGUCCUCUCAUCGCAUGAUUAUCUCCACUGGAGAGGAAGAGAAGGCAUCUUUGAUUCCGAUUUUGGACCCCGUUUAGUAUUUUGUGUUGUGGCCAAACCCACCAGUGUUGUGUUUUUUUGGGAGGCUUUUUGAAGAGACUUCUGAGGCUCUCAUCUGCGCACGCACACAGAGGGUUUUUCAACCCCUUACAGACUUUAAGCUUUAUCAGGAUAUACUCUUCCCCUUUUUAAAUCUUUUCAAUUGUUGUUGAUUUUUUUUCCCCUCCUCGUGUGUGUGUGUGUGGGCAACCUUGUUGUGAGCCAAGUGCCAAGCGAGGGUUGCUAUGGCGAUGAACAUGGCACAUAUGCGGGACACCAAGUGGCUCACGCUGGAGGUGUGCCGAGAGUUCCAGCGCGGCACCUGCUCGCGUUCCGCAGACGAAUGCAAGUUCGCCCACCCCGCCAAGAGCUGCCAGGUCGAGAACGGGAGGGUCAUCGCCUGCUUCGACUCCCUCAAGGGCCGAUGCUCCAGAGAGAAUUGUAAGUACCUGCACCCUCCCCCCCACCUGAAGACGCAGCUGGAGAUCAACGGCAGGAAUAACCUGAUCCAGCAGAAGAACAUGGCCAUGCUGGCCCAGCAGAUGCAGCUGGCCAAUGCCAUGAUGCCCGGCAGCCAACUUCAACCCAUGCAGAUGCAGCUGGCCAAUGCCAUGAUGCCCGGCAGCCAACUUCAGCACAUGCCCAUGUUUUCCGUCGCCCCAAGCCUUGCCGCCUCCAAUGCCAAUGCAGCCGCUGCUGCUGCAGCCGCCGCCUUUAACCCGUACCUGGGGCCCGUGUCCCCAGGACUGAUGCCCACUGACAUCAUGUCCGGCGGGCACAUGCUGGUCGCCAGCAGCCCCAGCAUUCCUCAGGGGCCCUCCGCCACCCAGAAGCUCAUGAGGACAGACCGGCUGGAGGUCUGCCGCGAGUAUCAGCGGGGCAACUGCUCACGGGGCGAGACCGACUGCCGCUUCUCCCACCCAUCCGACAGCACCAUGAUCGACACCAACGACAACACCGUCACUGUCUGCAUGGACUACAUCAAGGGCCGCUGCUCACGCGACAAGUGCAAGUACUUCCACCCACCUGCCCACCUGCAGGCCAAGAUCAAGGCCGCCCAGCACCAGCUCAGCCAGGCCUCGGCCGCUGUGACUCAGUCGGCUGUCAAAUCACUGAAGCGACCCCUCGAGGCAACCUUUGACCUGGGAAUCCAACAUUCUGUCAUGCCUCCUUUACCAAAGAGACCGGCACUUGAAAAAGCCAACGGUGCCACUAUGUUUAAUACUGGCAUGCUCCAGUAUCAACAGGCCCUGGCCAACAUGCAGUUUCAGCAGCAGUUUAUCCCUUCAGGCUCAAUAUUCUGCAUGGCACCCACAGCAAGUGUUGUUCCCAUGAUGCACGGUGCUUCACCAGCCAAUGUGUCUGCAGCAACCACAUCUGCCACAAGUGGUCCCUUCGCAACUGCCACAGCCAAUCAGGACUGUUCCUUAUCAAAGUUGACUACCAACGAAUACAUGCAAUUGAUUCCCAUAAUAUCUGCAGACCAUCUAGCUAGUCACAAGUACUUGACUCAAAUGUAGUUCCUGUCCAGAACAAUCAAAUGAAAGUAUGCUGGUGUACCAUCAAGGAAAACGUUCAGCAUCCACAGCCAUUAUAGCACGAAGGUGUCUGUCUGAACCACAGAAGAGUUCAUUUCUCAGCUGGACCCCACUUUCAGUCAUGCAUGCAAACAUGGGUAUGGUCAGGGUCAACGCCAUCUACAUCUAUCCCAAAACCACAAAUAUCACCGACAGACUUACACUCAAAACAACCCUCGAGCUUGAGAUUGAAGAGGCCUUUUCUGGCACAAACAUACAUGCCAAAACAGAAUAGUGCUAAAAAAAAGUUAACAUCUUGCACACUCUCACACACACACACACUGUUUUUAAAAGUAGAUACGAUAGUGAUGUCACUUCGGAUUUAUACAGUAUUGGUACGUCAGUAGACCAAGAGACUAAGUUUAAUUCAUAUUCAUUGGUUUAUUGUAUGGUUUACAAAAUGGCAAAGGUGCACCUUAUAGAGAAAAAAAUCGUAUAAAGGCACAAACUCGUUUAAUGAGCUGAUUUAGUGAAUUAAGUAUUCUGCUAUGGAGGAUUCUAGUGAAAUUAGAUUACUUAAACAGAAGGUUAGAAUUGGAUAAGACAGAUGAAUGUUUUAUUCAGAACGCACAGACACACCUGUGUUCUUCUCAAAGCACAUUUGGUUUGUUCUGAAUCACCCUCUAGCCUUUCAACCAUACAUCCAAAACUAAAGGUGUUAUUUCAGCAGUGUUAUUAUGUUUACUCGAGAUCUAUGUUUUAUUUUUUUGUAAUGACUCUUGUUUUUAUACAUAAUUUCACAAACGUGUGUGGGUUUUUUUAUAUAUACUUUUUGCGCCUUUUUAUUUGUCAUUAAGUUUAUCUGUGCAUUUGCCAUAUAGCCUUCUAGCAUUCUGUGUUUCACCCCCAUGAAAUCACAGUGGCCUUUUUCUCAGUAUACAACUUUUUGAACUUUUUGUUUCUCCUCUCAUUCAUGUUUUGCCCCUUUAUCUGGUUUGAAUGUCGUAGUCAUCGUUAUUGGUUUUUUAAAUUAUACUGGAAUGGAAUUUUUGGCAGCCUGAGAGUGGCCUGAAAAUAUGUGCCGAGGUUACAAGUCCAUUGACUUUAAAAGGUGUUAAGAGGCUGGUUCAGUCUUAUAGGAGUUAGGAUAUGGGAAGACUGGCUUCACCGUCGCAUUUCAGUCUCGCAAUGUAAAACGUGGGACUCUAAAAUUGCAGAUGGAAAAUGCACGGCUUUAGUGAGUGAGAUAUGAACAGCUGUGUGAGAUUCUUUCUGAUGAUAAUUUGUUUUGAUUGUUUUCCUGUGUUUUCGUUUUUACAAUUUCAUUUCAAUUUACACCAUAUAACCUGUAGGUAGCCGUCAUGUCUGAACAUAGUUCCACAUCUGUACUAUGUCACUUAAUGUUCAUACCAAAGUUUUUCAUUUUAGGGGGGUAGGAAGAAAAAAAGAAUGUUUCCCUUCUUAUUCUGGCAAUGAGAGGUCAGCAUAUAUGCCCCCUGAACUAAAGCAAGUGACAGUUCUAACAAAUUAGAUACAGAGUGGAAACUUUGCUCCAGAAUCUUCCUGUACUUCCCAUUCUAGAGUAUGUUCGAGAUUGUGUUCCGUUGCUUUACAGAUUGUAUUGUACCUCUCUCAAAGCCUUAGCUUACAGCCUGGGCACUAGCCCACACAAAAUACUCUCUCAAUCAUUGUACAGGUAAUGGACGCCAAUGAUAUUCUGUAGAUCUAAUGCAUAUGCAUUUAUCCCUUUGUUUUGUUUUUAAUUACACUUAACACACUCUGAUGAAUUUAUUUGAACAUCCUAGUUCAAAUAGUUUUACUUAAUUAUUUUAACACAUUUAACGCAGUAAUUUCAGCCUUAUUAUUGUACUUGAUAACAUUGUCAUCUGUUGUAAGGUUUAGGUGUAUAAACCAUUCAUAAAUGUCUCAUGCCAUAAUCAUGUUCAAUAAGUAUGUUUUGUCAGUUAGAACAUAUAUUGUCAUCUAUAGCUUAAUGUUUGUUUUUUGUUUUUCAUUUGCGGGAUUAUUUGUUGUUAUGUUUGAAUAUUGGACAUUUCUCCUUGUCUGUUUCAAUUUGUUGAACAAAGAAUUUUUUAUAUUGACAUCUUAAAACAAGGAAAACAAUUGAUUGACCUGUUGCUGUGGCAACAUAUUCUGGCUGACAAUAUUUUAACAAAUUAAUUUUGUAUGUCUAACAAGUUCAGAUCAUGUUUUAAAAUGAUUUUUUGUUGUUUUAUGUUUAAGUGUAGAAUCGUGUACAUGCUAGAGUAAAAGAAAAAAUAUUUUCUACUGUAUCCAUUUCAGAGAUUAAAAUAUUGUUUUAGUAUUUCUUAAGAAACUAGCUAAACAUCCAAGAAUGUCAGGCCAAAAAAAAGCAGCAGGAAAUCCUGGCCUUUGGGCUCCUCAAUGUCAUUAUGACGAGAGGAAGUGAUGUCAUUGAGCUGGGCCUCAAAGCCCCGUUUAUGCUGCGUAUGGGCGAGCCAUAACCUAAGGGACGAAGGUUGACUUUUUGCACUUCUGUAUAUAGUCAGUAAAAGAAAAAAGAAACGUGUAUAAUAUUGAAAUCUUAUUUUGAAUAAAAAAGUCUAUAAUUAUAAGAAAUUUUGUUAGGUUAAUUUAAGGAAUUAGAAUAAAUGACCAGCUAACAAAUUUGCUUGCUAAUGUGGCUCCGUUUCUUCUGCCCAUCAUGUGAAAAAACAAAAAAACAUAAAACAAAAAAAGAGCUAGCAUUUUUUGUCAUUUUUAUGCUUAGCUUGUGGUUUGCCAGGAUAUCACCUGGGUUGGAAGAAAACAUUCUCCCUUACAGCUGUAGUCUAUGGGGUGUCUCUUUGGACUCUUCUCAUACAAAAGAUACAGCCCCUCCAGCCUGUGUUAACAAUAACAGACAUUUAAAAACUAGGAUAUUUUAGUGUAGUUGGACAUGACUGCAUGCCAAAAAAAAUUAAAACAAACAAACAAAAAAAAUACACAAAAAUAAAUACAGUAGGUUAAGGACACAGUAACAAGUAUUUAUCAUCAAACAUUUUUUUAAUUAUAGUUGAAGAUACAAUGGUAAGAAUCAGGAUAGAACAUCUAAAAAAUGGUAAUUUAUACUCAUACAUGAUCUAAGUAAAGAAAAUCACAAUAAUGAGAUGCAAAACUGCCCCCAGAACAUGCUUGCCAACAGUGCAUUACAAGCGCUGCUCAACUAAGACCACAGAUCCACCUCAUAGCUUCUGUUACCAGGCAACUGUGUGUCCAACAGGUGAAGUUCACCACCGACAUAAACAUACCCAUUUUUUCCUCUUAAAAUGAAUGUAACUGUCUUCACGUAUACAUAGGUAAAGAUCAAUGUUUUUACUCACUUAGGUGUUUUUUUUUUUCUGCACAAGCUAAUAUACCAAAGCAUCACUCCCCCACUCCCGCUCUGACAGGGCUGGCCGUGGAGCUGUCAAUCAGUUAUCCUCCUGCAAGUUAACCACCCACUGAGCAGCUGACCUCGAGAGGUGCUGGGCUACAUCCACUCUCGACGCCACUGCUACCCGGGACUCCCAGUUUUUGCUACUUGGGACUCCCGGUUUCUCUGUUGGACACACACUAGUGCCUGGCUGCUUAUUGCUCUCUGUGUUAGACAAGACUUUACGAUUUUGCUUGUACUUGCUGUAACAUAAGUAUUGUACUACGUUCUAAAAAAAACAAAAAAAAACAUGUUUUUAAUGCACAUUUAUUAUUGGCAUAAUUGAAUUGCUGUUAUGACUCAAAAAAUAAAAAUAAAACAAAAGUGUAAUUGCGCAGAGAAGAAUCA